AAUCGAGAAAACAUCCCCCGUUCGAAGAAUGCAAAUUCUACAUGAACUAAACGUUGUUAAUUGUUCAACAGUUUGUUUAAACAACUUCGUCUCAAAUAAAACGCCGUAAUGCGAAAGAUGAGUGUAUUGUGAUUACUCGCGUCGAAGAAAUAACGUUUCAACAAAUACAUACAAGCAUCUCGUGUAGAUACGCAACAAGCGUCAAUCACGGGAUACCCAUCGAUUUCGCCGGGAAAAUAUGAGUGGUAGAAAUAAAAAAGUUGUGAAUAUAAAUCUUUUGGAUGGUAGUGGAUUUCGAAUUGAAUGUCAAUCGUUGUGUGCGACAGAUGUGCGACCAAAAGCAAAGGACAUGGCACACCUGUAGAUACAAAAUGCCGGACUAGUGGAAGUUGAAGAGUAGAAAAUAAAUAAGCAGAAAGCAGUAGAAGAUAGAAAAAAGAGUUGAACCAUACGUAGUGACUACGCUAUACAGGAGUAUAUAAGGAUAAUGAGUCACGCUCAGCAGCAUGUACUUGCAAGUGCAAUAGUUCUUGCUCUGAUAGUGGUCUUCGGCAUCCAUGUCUUCCUGUUUCCUAUGUACACAUCCAACCCACCAGCUCGUCAUAUAAAAAUCUCAUCAUAUGAGCAAGUUCUUUGCCGUACUACCUUAAAGAAUAUCAGAAUACCACCUGAAUGGAGGAACCCCUGUCCCAAAUAUGGAAUAGUUUCUGCAGUUCAAGGUGGCAGACUUGGAAAUCAAAUCUGGGAAUAUGCAUCAGUGUGGGCCACUGCAAGAAGGACUGGCUUGGAACCAUUUAUGCCGCGUUGUAUAUUAAAAACUCUUGAAGAAUACUUUGAAAAUCUGAGUAUUCCACCACUCAGUUACAUUGGAAGAUGUAAUUUGGAUGUUAGUCAAGUUGUUAAUUCUCUUAGUCAAUGGAACAGUACAGAACAGAAUAUCAUUAUACCAAGGCAUGCAGCUUAUUGGUCUCUUAUUCUGGUGUGGUUGGAUGAUGUACGAAGAGAAUUUACAUUCAAGCCAAAUUUAAGAGCUUAUGCAGAAAAGGUAUUGAGAGAAGUGGCAGAGGAAUUUAAUUUAUCUGAACCAACAUUUGUAAGCAUACAUAUACGAAGAACAGAUUAUAUGGAUUAUCUAUGGCAGAAAUUAAAGAUCAGACCUGCACCAGUCAGCUAUUAUUUUGCGGCAAUGGAUUACUUUAUUGGCAAGUAUCGUAAUGUAGUUUUUGUAGUAACUAGCGAUAAUAUAGUUUGGUGCAAAUAUAAUUUAAAUAGCAAAAGAUAUAGAAUCAAAUUCGUGUCUGAUAUGAAUGCAAAAGGUCCAGGCAAAGAUCUCGCAGUUUUAUCAGCAUGUAAUCACAGUAUUAUAGAUUACGGUACGUAUGGUUCGUUUGGCGCAAUUUUAGCUGCUGGUGAAACUGUUGUAUAUAACGUAACAACAUACUUUUCUACGUUAAUUGCCGAAGUUUUGCCAAACUGGAAGAUAAUGAGUUGAAUAAGAUCAAAAAAAUAUUCUAUGGAUCUCAAAUUAAAAAGUAAUGCAUGUACAAACAUUUUAUUGAGAAUACUUUUUAUACGGAGGAAAAUACUUAUAAUGGUUAUACCAUUCAGUUCGAUUUUAUAAUGCAAAGAUAACAUUAUCUAUAUUUCUUUCAAAAUUGAAACUACGAAAAUUUUCUAUAAAAUUUUUUUUAUUAAAACAAGCAUUUUUCUUAUUGCUUACAAUUUUUAAGAGAAAAUUUUUAAAAUAUAAUUCUUUUUCUUGAAUACAACAUUCGAAAUUUUAAUUUAUUAUAUCAGUAUAGUAAAGAAACGGCAUACAUAUAGAUAUUUACCGUAAAAGCUUGUCUUUGAAAGGUUUAUUGUGUACUCAUAUCUUUUCAACAAUUUCUAAAAACCCAAAUGAAAGUGUAGCAUUAUAUUUUACAAAAUUUUUAUGAAAAUAGUAUAAGCAUAACGCUAAAUUAUAUAGAAACAGUAUGCAUAGUUUUCCACUUAAUUAUGGCACUAUAAAAUGAAGAUAUUAGAAACCCAUGCACCUUUAAUGGUAGUAUACUUUAAUGAAUACGUAAGAAUCUAAUAUAGAAGAGGGAUAUACACAAUGGAACAAUGGACCACUAAUGUCUAAAAUUAAAACAGAUGCUUAUUUUUUUUACUAUCUAUGAUUCAUAUUCAUGUGGCUCUGAGAAAUUAAAUAGAUUCAAUAUUCUUUUGACAUAACGAACCAAUGAACUGAGACUAAAUCUAAAAAUCUGCAAGAAGACUUUACAGUGGUCAAAUUAAAAAAUUGCUGUAUGUUCAUAUUAUUAUUUCUAACAUGAUCUCUUCUUUUGUGAUAUAACAUAACAAUCGGAUAUAAAAUAAUUAAAUUACAUUAUAUAUAUUUAAGAUAUUUUUCAAGUAAAGAGAAAUAUGGAGAACGUUAAAUCGGACUUGCAGAUAUAGAAAAAAAAGUAUUAACAAACCAUAACUCUUAUGAUGUACAAUGAUUUCAACUGUGAUUCUAUUUCUUAUUGUGCCAAAUUCUUAAUAUAUAUACAUGUAUAAAAAAUAUAUAUGUAUACAUACGUAUAUAUAAUUAUAUGUGUGUACAAAAAAUAUAAAUGCAUUCGCAUAUACGCGUGUGCUUAUAUACAUACAUAAUAAGAUUAUAUCUGUACAAAAUAUUAUAUAAUGUUUUCAAAUGCAUAAUAAAAAAAAACUAAUGAAUUAUUUCUUCACUUAAGAUUUAAAUGUUUUUGGAACUGACAAAUCAAUAGAUUUGAGGGAAAGAUAUUUUACAUAAACCCUAUAUAUAUAUAUAUAUAUAUAUA